AUGACGAACGCAGUGGCAGGCUGUCGACAUCGAAAACCGACGAAAACAUCAAUAAAGAAAGAAAUGUUGAUCAAUAACUGCAAAUUAACUAUCAGAGAGCUGGCAGAGGACAUAAACAUUGCUUGUGGAUCCAUUCAGGACAUUGUAGUUAAUGGUUUGGGUUUGCGCCGUGUUGCUGCAAAGUUGGUCCUGAAGGAACUGAAUUUCAUGCAAAAAAGGGACCGCGUUGUCAUCGCCAAAGACAUGAUUUCCAAGGCUGAAUCCGAUCCAACAUUCAUCAAACGCAUCAUUACUGGAGACGAGACGUGGGUUUAUGAGUAUGACACGCAAUCCAGACAUCAGGCGAGUGAAUGGAAAGCUUCAAAUGAGCCAAGAUAA